AUGGGAGAGAUCAGUUGUACGUCAGCAUCUGUUGGGAAGUUGAAACAAGAAUUACGCACAAACGAUGAAGAAAAUCGUGCAACAAAAGUUUCUUUAGAGCAAGCUAAUCGUCAUUUACAAAUAACUGAAGGCAAAUUAAAAGAUUGUCAAGCUAAACUUGAUCAACCGAUUGAAGUGAAUGAAUCUAUCACGGCUAAAAUACACUUAAUACCAACUGAAGUGAAGGAUUCCAAGUAUAAACAAAUUAUACUUAAACUUCCUUUAAGAAAAAAUAAUGGUACACAUCAUGAGAAUGUACUAAACAAUUGA